AUGAGCCGUGAGGAGCAUAAUGAGCAGUUGGCGUUGAUCGAGCAAGUGAUAAAGGAAUCAAUUGUGAUCGAAUGGCCAAAAACGAUGGGCGGACUAUUUGACAGUUCUGAAGAGCAAAUGAACGAGAUUGAUUGCUCCCCAAUAAUCCAUCGAGCCAGAAAUGUGGUAAAAUGCCGAAGUAGCCAUCCAACGAUGAGAGUCAAGGUAUGUGCAAUUAGCCAGUCCACAGAGCUGCCGCGUACCGUUGAAGCAUUUUUUCGAGCGACCCUUGUGAAAUUAUCGGCAGAGCCGCAUGAGUCAACGGUCGGGGGACGUCAUGUGGCCGGAAGGAUAAUUUUAACGCAACGUGAAGGUGCUGCUUCGCGAUCUACAGAUCAUUGCGAUGCUGUUGUGGAUUCUGAAGGGCGGGUUCUGGCUUCGUAUGGAGCAUCGGAAUUUCGGUCUAAUUUGCCUUUUGCCAGGUGUAUCGAUGCAAGCGUGAAACCAAAACCGUUUAAAUUUGAAAACGGCGUCUUAUGCUCUACGUUUCCAGAAAUGGGCGUGGCGCUAAAUUCAAUGAUCGACCGUCGACAACUCGCUACCCGAUAUGCAAUCCAAGUGGAAGUCCUGAUAAAUAUCGACAACAAAAUUAUAAUCCAGCAUAUUGUUAAUUCCCUGCCUUUCCUGAUUGCAAUCACCAACGACCAAACGGAACCACUAUUGUACUCGAUUUUCUGGCAACGACUGCUUAGUAAGGAUAUGCUGGAACCAAGUGAGCCCGCUGCUGAACUACCACCUUUAAAAUGGAAGUUCGUCCGAGAAGCCCUUAUGAACUUCCCGAAAGCCCAUUGUACUUCGGCUAGAGCUUUAUUUUUACCUGAACUUCUCCAUCUACAAUGUAUGCUGCUAUUACCAAGGUUCACAAAAUGCAUUAGUGAAUCGGAAAUGGAAGCUGUUGAACGUGAAUGUUUUGGCAACGUCAAAACUACAGUAGAAGCUCCUACUAGAUUAGAAGCGAUUCGAGAUCGACUUCUACAAGAAGAAAUUGAUCAAGAAUUACUGAUCCACAGUUCGGAGCUGCUUACCGCGGCUGCUGUCUCGAUUUUGGAUAUGAAAACCCCGUUAAAACAUUCUGUUUGGCUAUGGAUGUUCAAGGCAGCAGAAAUUUUAAUGGAUGUCGGACACAAACUCUGCCCACCACCACUCCUCGAGCGGAAAGGCAGCAAAACCAAACGGCAACUGGCCGCAUCGGAUGAAUACCUGACGAUGGCCGCACUUUUUAACAAGGGGGUCAUUACAUUUUGUUCGGCUAAAGAAGCGUGUGGCUUGCUUGAAUAUAAUUCUCUUCCUGGUAGUUCUAAAGCAGAGGAAAAGAAAAUGAUUGCCAGAUUCGAUGAUGAGAAUGCGGGUUCUUUGAGCUUUGCGUUUUCAAAUUCGAGCAGCAAGCCAAUUUUCGGUUCAAUUACGAUGGAUCAAAUCAAAGAUUUCAAGCAGGGACUCCCGGAGGUGCUAAUUGACGAGCAAUUUCCAUCAAAAUACGACAGAUUAUUGCAAUUGGAAUAUCGGGAGAAUCAUUUUCUUGGGGUUCCGACAAAAAAAUCAAGUAUCUUCCACUACUAUCGGUCCCAACGACAGCCAGCUCAAGGAAUAUCGGUUCGAGAUGAGGUUACGGUACGGGUAAAUCCCCUAACAGGCGAGCUUCUGCCGAGAACCAACUUUAGCAGUCUCGAAGAAGCUUUGUGCGAAUCGCCAGGUCAAAUU